CUCGCGCGGCCGGGACGCGCCUGUGGAGGGAGCCUCCCCGCUCUUCCUCCAGCGGCUGAGAGUCCAGCGUCCGGCAGCCCGGGAUCAAAACCCGCACCUGGCUCGCUGGGGUCCGACGGGCCCACCUGCCCACUCGCAGAUAAGGAGGCCCAGAGAGUUAACUGACAUGCCCAAGGAAACAGAACUCGUAGGUCAUGGAGCCAGGAUGCAAAAGUAAAGAAGUUGAUCUACAGAAUCAAGAAGAAAACCAAGGGAAAGCAAUCAGGUAGUGUUUUUCCAGCGCUGUUGUUAUAGAACAGCACGUUCCGGGUGUCCCACGCACACAGGUCUUACCGCUGUUCUUUCCUGCCUGAUAUCUGCCACGGGAUUGAUGCCGUUUUUCCUGCUUGUCUCAGCGUGACAGAGAGGGGAUGCAGGAGAGCUACUUGGUGGGAUCGCUCAAGCUCUGUGGAGCUGGUGGUGCCAACUGGUGAGGCGCUGUCUUUGCCUGGGACGUGAAACAAGUUGGAUCAGGAGAACGAGAGGGAGAAGUAAGGGUUGCUUUUUCCUGCACCGUCCGUUCUUGCUCGUCGUUCCAGCCCUGGAAUCCUGGCAGACGUUCUUAAAGAGAAAUCGGUGGAAGGAGAGUUCGAAGAAAGGUGGGGCAGGACCCACCUGACUCGGCAUCAGAGUGAGCGAAAAUGUCUUUAUUUAAAGCCCGUGAUUGGUGGUCUACUGUUCUGGGAGAAAAAGAAGAAUUUGAUCAAGGCUGUUUGUGUUUGGCUGAUGUUGACAAUACUGGAAAUGGACAAGAUAAAGUAAUUGUGGGUAGCUUUAUGGGAUACCUAAGGAUCUUUAAUCCUCAUCCUGUAAAAACAGGAGAUGGAGCGCAAGCUGAAGAUUUGCUUCUAGAAGUGCAUCUACGAGAUCCAAUACUGCAAGUGGAAGUAGGAAAGUUUGUUUCAGGUACUGAAAUGCUUCAUUUGGCUGUGUUGCAUUCUAGAAAACUGUGUGUCUACUCUGUCUCAGGAAGCUUGGGUAAUGUGGAACAUGGGACCCAAUAUCAGAUCAAAUUGAUGUAUGAACAUAAUCUUCAGAGAACAGCCUGCAAUAUGACUUAUGGAUCAUUUGGUGGUGUAAAAGGUCGCGAUUUAAUUUGUAUCCAGUCUAUGGAUGGAAUGCUGAUGGUGUUUGAGCAGGAAAGCUAUGCUUUUGGGAGAUUUCUCCCUGGUUCUCUUUUACCUGGCCCUCUUGCUUACAGUUCCCGUACAGAUUCCUUCAUUACUGUUUCAUCCUGCCGACAAGUGGAAAGUUACAAAUACCAAGUACUUGCUUUUGCAACGGAUGCAGAUAAAAGACAAGAGACUGAACAGCAAAAACUUGGUUCUGGAAAAAGACUAGUUGUGGAUUGGACUCUAAAUAUUGGAGAGCAAGCCCUUGAUAUAUGUAUUGUCUCUUUCAAUCAGUCAGCAUCUUCUGUUUUUGUUCUUGGUGAGAGAAACUUUUUUUGCCUUAAGGAUAAUGGACAAAUUCGAUUUAUGAAGAAACUUGAUUGUAGCCCAAGUUGUUUUCUCCCAUAUUGCUCAGUUUCUGAAGGAACAAUAAAUACAUUGAUUGGAAACCAUAGUAACAUGUUGCAUGUUUAUCAGGAUGUGACAUUGAAGUGGGCCACUCAACUUCCCCACAUUCCUGUAGCAGUAAGAGUGGGCUGUUUACAUGAUUUAAAGGGAGUGAUAGUCACUCUGAGUGAUGAUGGUCACUUGCAGUGUUCAUACCUGGGGACAGACCCUUCUUUGUUCCAAGCUCCAAAAGUUGAAUCUAGAGAGCUAAACUAUGAUGAACUUGAUAUAGAAUUGAAAGAACUUCAGAAAAUCAUCAAAGAUGUUAACAAAUCACAAGGUGUUUGGCCUAUGACCGAGAGAGAAGAUGACCUGAAAGUCUCUGCCAUGGUUUCUCCUAACUUUGAUUCAGUAUCUGUAGGUGUAUUUGCAGACUUUCAAAGGCAAUCUACUGAUGUUGAAGUGGGAGCUGACCUUGUCCCUUCAGUCACAGUGAAGGUCACACUGCAGAAUCGAGUGACAUUGCAAAAGAUCAGAUUAUCGGUCUAUGUACAACCACCUUUAGUAUUGACUUGUGAUCAGUUCACCUUUGAAUUUAUGGCACCGGAGAUGACUAGAACAGUGGGCUUUUCCGUUUAUCUGAAAGGAAGUUGUUUACCACCUGAAUUGGAAGGAAAUACUGUUGUUUCUUAUUCCAGACCUACAGAUCGAAAUCCUGAGGGCAUUCCUCGAGUUAGCCAAUGUAAGUUUAGACUUCCCCUGAAAUUAAUCUGCUUGCCAGGCCAGCCUUCAAAAACUGCAAGCCACAAACUAACUAUUGAUACCAACAAAUCUCCAGUCAGUCUUCUCAGUCUCUUUCCAGGCUUUGCCAAUCAGUCAGAAGAUGAUCAGGUGAAUGUAAUGGGUUUUCGCUUCUUAGGAGGUUCCCGAGUUACUCUUCUUGCUUCCAAAACCUCUCAACGAUAUCGCAUCCAGAGUGAACAAUUUGAGGAUCUUUGGCUCAUAACAAAUGAGCUUAUUAUCCGCCUUCAGGAAUAUUUUGAGAAACAGGGAAUCAAAGAUUUCGCAUGUUCUUUUUCUGGAUCUAUGCCCCUUCAAGAAUAUUUUGAGUUGAUCGAUCAUCAUUUUGAGUUGCGGAUAAAUGGUGAAAAAUUAGAAGAACUCUUAUCUGAAAGAGCUGUACAAUUUCGGGCCAUUCAACGCCGGCUGUUAACAAGGUUCAAAGAUAAAACACCUGCUCCUCUCCAACACCUGGACACCUUGCUAGAUGGAACUUACAAGCAGGUAAUCGCUCUAGCAGAUGCAGUAGAGGAAAACCAAGACAAUCUGUUCCAGUCAUUCACCAGGCUGAAAAGUGCCACCCAUUUGGUGAUUCUGCUGAUCGGGCUGUGGCAGAAGCUUAGCGCCGACCAGAUUGCUAUCCUGGAAGCAGCAUUUCUGCCACUGCAGCAGGACACUCAAGAACUGGGCUGGGAAGAAACGGUGGAUGCUGCUAUUUCCCACCUUUUGAAGACCUGCCUAUCGAAGAGUUCCAAGGAGCAGGCUUUGAACCUCAGCAGCCAGUUGAGCAUACCCAAAGACACAAGCCGAUUGAAGAAACAUAUCACCUUGCUGUGCGAUCGAUUAGCCAAAGGUGGACGUCUCUGCCUAAGUACUGACGCAGCGGCUCCGCAGACCAUGGUCAUGCCAGGUGGCUGUGCUACGAUCCCUGAAUCAGACCUAGAGGAAAGAUCAGUAGAACAAGACUCCACUGACCUGUUUACCAACCACAAACACCUCAUCGUGGAGUCGCCCAUGCCUGAAGUUUCACCCCUCCAAGGAGUUUCAGAAUAGUUGAAGUAGAGUUGUCUGGUUGAGGGGAAGAUGGCCUUCCCAAGGCUGAUCAUGUGUGGACCUCAUGCCAAGCACAGAUGAAGGUGCUUCAUACAGCUCACCUGCCAGGAGAUAACAAUAGGUAGAGAUGGGGAUGGGGACUUUUAAUUUUUCUAGGAGGACUUGUAAUGCUAUGGGCAAGUCAGUUGAACUUGUCUUACCAGGAAAGGAUGUUGCUGCUUUUUGGUCAUCUGUAUGCUUUCAGCCACAGGAUAUAGUGAGAUGACAUCUUUUGGGGGCAGACUUUGUAAUGCAAAGACCCAGAUCCUACUUGAUACCCCAAUUUUUUCACAGAAUUCUUAUAUAUUAAAUGUAUCAAG